GAGGCGGGGCGAAUGCUCGUCACGGCGUCAUCAUGGCGGGCUGCAUGAAAUUGAUAAAAGACUUCCACUGUAUGGCUGUAAAACUGUUUGCUUUUGCUUUUAUACUGUAUUGUUUGCCCCCAUUAUCUCACCAGGCUACAGGCUCAAAUUCAGUUGUAAAUCUCCAGUACGGUGUUGAACAAGUUUCGUCUGGGUCUAAAGUCUUCUGUUACCAAAAUACUAUUGUCCCAACAUGGAAACAUACAUGGACAAGGAUUCAGGUCAAAGUGUGGAGCUCGAGGGGGUUUAAGGUGCACAUUGUGGACGAUGAGGAGCAGCUACAGGAGCUGGAGCGUUGGAGCGCCUGGGGCUGGUUCCAGAGCUGGCUGCGUGAGAAUCACAAUGAAACCUCCAUCAACAUCAAUCUCUUCAAAAAAAAGACAUGCCUCAAAAUGGAGCCUGUGGAUGGAACUAAGUAUACUCUCAAGACUUUACGAAAAUUUGAUAUCUAUCUGUUUUUGGUGUUCCUCACUGGAGGUUUGUUGUUCCUGUUUGCAGAUUCGCUUAGCAAGAGUCAACUUUUCUACUACUCUGCUGGCAUGAGCACAGGGAUAAUUGCCUCUCUCAUCAUUCUCUUCUUUGUUUUGUACCGCUUUAUGCCAAAGAAAGGCCCUUUUUACCUUCUAGUUGCUGGUGGUUGGUCAUUCUCCAUUUAUGCCAUCCAACUCGUGUUCAGGAACUUGCACUCCAUUCUCAAAACCCACUGGCAUUUUGUUUUAGGUUAUGUGGCAGUUGUGGGGUUCAUCAGUUUUGCCAUCUGUUACCGAUACGGACCCCUGGUGGAUGAAAAGAGCAUCAACAUCUUAUCAUGGACUCUUCAGCUGCUGGGACUGAUCCUCAUUUACACAGGCAUUCAAAUCCAGCCUGUCGCUUUUGCCAUCAUCGUGUCACUGGUGUUGGCCAAAAACCUGGAUUACCCUGUUUCACUGGCAAUUGCUCUGUGGAGAAAAAUUAGACGCUUUGUGAACUGGAAACCAGAGCCACGUCGCCUGUUAACAGAGGAGGAGUAUCAGAGGCAGGGGGAGGAGGAGACGCGGCGCGCCCUAGAGGAGUUGAAACAGUACUGCAAGAGCCCUGAGUUUAAUACAUGGAAGACUGUAUCCAGGCUGCAGUCUCCCCAAAGAUUUGCUGAUUUCAUUGAGGGCUCUUCUCACCUUAUGCCAAAUGAGGUGUCGGUCCAUUCUCAGGAAUAUGGAUUUGGAGGGUCAUUUUUUGAAGAAGACAUUUUCGACACUGACGAUGAAGAUGACGUGAAACCCAUUAUAGAUCCAGAGUGACUGUGGCUCAUCACGGACCCUUCUUUAAAAGAACUUUCACUGUAUGACCACACUCAAUUUCUGGUGAUGAAUUUUACCUUAAGAUAAAAUUCUGGACUUUGUGAUGAGAAGAACUAUUUAAACUCAAGACUCCAUCACUGAACAGGCUUGUAGUGUAAUUUUUUUUUAAACAAGGUGGUAUUCUACUGUGUGAAUUUAGUGGGAAUGGGAACAUUUUCUUUGCUUGUACAUGUAUUCUGAAAUGUAACAGAUACAUGAGACAUGAUAGUUUUAGAUUUUGUGAAUGCAUUUGAGCUGACUCCCUUUCCAUUUUCUGUUAUGUUUAAGACUCAUAAAUAAUAUUUACACUUUUUACAAGACGAGCAUAUUCAUUUUCAUUAAUUAAGCAGAUUGAUUUUAAUUUAAAACUAAUACAUUUCAGACCAAGCGUUAACAUCUUGGAGACAAGAUACAUCGAGAACUUAAGAUUGCACUUGAAUUGAAUCGAAUUUCAAACUAAGGAAUCUACACAAAUCUACAGAUUCCAAUACAAUGAUAUUUAAAACCACUUUGACAAUAUGUGAAUUUUCCAUUAAAUUGUAGUACUUUCCUUUAUAUUACCAUGUGGCCUUAUACCUAUGCAAUCCCUCAGUCGUCCAAAUAGUUUCCAUAAUGGUCCAUGGGCGUAUACUAGUCUAUGUGGUCUUAUACUUGUUCCGAUAAAGCUCAAGAUCUUUCCAAAGCUAUUCAGGAAGGGUUCAUUUUUGUCCUGUGAAUGUGAUUUUUUUUUACUAUCAAUACUUUUUCAGAUGGAUAUUUAGUAUUGAUUUUUGAUCUUUUUCAUUACCCUACACUAUUGUGAGGAUUUCAGUUAAUGUACGUAAGCAGUUCCACCAUUUCAUGCUUGUUAAAUGUUUUCAAUUUAUCUGUGAAUUUGACAUUUAAUGGCUGUUGAUAUCUACUAUCUACCAUCUACUUUUGUUUUUGUUUAAAGAAGGGAACACCCCAGUAUUGCCAGCAUUCCUGAACAGCUGACACAGGCUGUAGUAUUUGCAUGUGUUUCCCAGUGUCUCAUUGGCAUAUUCUGCAGUGGCAUCACAUUCACAUGGCCCAGCAUUUCCUAUAGUGCACUUCCUUUAACCUGGUCCCUGACAAAGAAACCUCCCUUUAAUGCAAACAAACUCUACACAUGCAGAACUGGGGAAUCCCUGUUUCAUGAAGUUUAUGACCUACAGCUACUGCCUCUGUCACUGGCCUCAUGUAAAGUGUGGACUUCCCCUAUUUACAAAGACCCACGUUUCAACAGCUUAAUGCCUCAUCCUCCACCUCCGGGGAUUCAAAAUGGGAAUUCAAACAAGUAGAUUCCUAAGCCCUAUGAUGGCUAGUUUUGUCAUAGUAAAAUUUCAAACUCUAUUUUGGAGACU